CCAUCUAAACAAAGGAAAGAGGGGGAUUUAGGGGACGGCAAAUCUGUCCAAUUCAGGGCUUGUUGAUCUUGUCCAUAGUUUCCCUCUUCUGCACAAUAUAGAUACACACGUAUAUAUAACAUAGUCGGAAGACGACAGAGAAGCAGCAGUUGCAGCUUCAGCCGGAGGGGAUGUCUCCGACCAUCCUCUACUAGGAUUUCUACAGUACCCCAUUGAUCCGAUCGCUCUCUCCUUUCGAUACUUAAGGAUUUCUUCUCUUGUUUAUAAAUAUAUAUAUAUAUAUAUAUAUAGAAGUAACGUAUGGGGAACAUAUUUGUGAAGAAACCGAAAGUCACUGAGGUCGACAGAGCAAUCCUCUCCCUCAAGACCCAGAGGCGUAAGCUUGCCGAUUAUCAGCGUCAGCUGGAUGCUGUCAUUGAAGCUGAAAAGCAAGCUGCCAGGGACUUGCUUCGAGAAAAAAAGAAAGACAGAGCCUUGCUAGCUUUGAAGAAGAAGAAGGUGCAAGAGGAAUUAUUGAAACAAGUGGAUGCCUGGCUCAUUAAUGUUGAGCAGCAAUUGGCAGAUAUUGAACUGGCGAGCAAACAAAACGCUGUAUUUGAGAGUCUGAAAACAGGUAAUAAUGCAAUGAAAGCAAUACAAAGAGAGAUCAACUUGGCGGAUGUUCAGAAACUGAUGGAUGAUACUGCUGAAGCAAAAGCUUAUCAAGAUGAAAUUAAUGCAAUUUUGGGUGAGAAACUAUCUGCUGAAGAUGAAGAUGAAAUUCUAGUAGAGUUUGAGAACCUGGAAAGUCAGAUCACUCUUCAAGAUAUGCCAACAGUUCCUACUGUGGUGCCACCACACGAAGAGCAUGACGAGAGGUUGGACCUUCCUGAUGUACCAAAAGAGCUCGUGCCCAGAGCCGUGGAGGAACCUUUGCCUGCAUAAUUUGAAGAAAACAUCUUUGUGCUGCAUUACAUUGGAUGCGUACAAGAAAUCACCAUUUCGGGUUGAUGCUUCCAUACCUCGGCAUUAAAAGCUUUAUUUGACAGAUUUCAAACUUCUGGGUGGCUAUUUCGGGUUGUCCUUUUUCUUCUUCUUCCCUUUUACUUCAGUGUUAUUUCAUUUUCUGGAUUGACUUGAUCUUGAGUAGCUAUGGGAAGGUGUGUAGAUGUUGGUUUUUCUCCUUCUAUUCAGAAACACUGGUAUCUUGUACAAAGUCUCAUAGUUACGUUGCUGGUAGAGAGAAAAGCACCCCAGUUUCCAGCUUUUCUAAUGCAUCACUGGUUGUAUCUUUUUCUUUU